UUGGCUGCAUAGUCGGUUGUGAAAGUGGAAAGUACCUCCUUGGAAAUCCCCGUUGGCAUUUCCUUGUUGACAUCAAUUCGAAGCCUUUUUUGACUAGAUUAAGUCCUACAUCAGUCCGUAUGUGUGAUUUUUUCUUCUGAACGCCCUAUAAUGCUCGCUGGCGGAAACAGCUCGGCUGUCUGAAGGCGCCAUGGAGCACUAGGGGCUCCGCGGAGUGAAGUAACGUUAACGUUAAGCCAGCGAAGGCGGCGGAGUCGGAGCUUCUGUAUGGGCUUUUGUUGCUGGAUACCGACAUAUUGAGCAGAGAUAAAUCGGUUCCCCACUCCCUUUCUCGAGAACACAAUGUCCCAAGGCCAGAACUUCCUGCCCAAGUUCCUGUUCGUCAGCAACCUCCUGAAGGCCGUGAAGAUACGAGAGCGCGUGCCCAAUGAUGUGGUCAAGCCCUCGGCCAGCGGCCGCCUGCUCCAUCACCUGCGGGGCAUGCACCGCUACACGCUGGAGAUGAUCCGCAUGAGCCAGUUCCCGCAGGCCUUCCGUGAGGUCAUCCAGGCCGCCAUCCUGGACCGGGCCAUGCAGUCCUCCUUGGAGCAGGAGAAGAGGCUCAACUGGUGCCGAGAGGUCAAGAAGCUGGUGCCACUACGGACAAAUGGUGAUGGGAACUGCCUGCUUCACGCAGCCUCACAGUACAUGUUGGGAGUGCAGGACACUGACCUGGUCCUGCGGAAAGCCCUUUACGCCGUGCUCAAAGAGACAGACACUAGUAAUUUUAGAGCACGCUUUCAAACAGAGCUGCUACACUCCCAGGAGUUCACCCAGACUGGCCUGCGCUACAGCACCAAGAACUGGGAAGAGGAAUGGGAGAAGAUAGUUGAUAUGGCGUCUCCUGUGUCCAGCAGUAAUGGCCUACAGUUUGACUCACUGGAGGACAUUCACAUCUUUGUGCUGUCGAAUAUCCUGCGCAGGCCUAUUAUAGUCAUUGCAGCUCAAGUGCUGAGAAGUAUGAAGUCAGGCUCCUCCUUCUCACCACUCAAUGUUGGGGGCAUUUACCUGCCUCUUCACUGGUCCCCAGGAGAGUGCUACAAGUAUCCCAUAGUCCUUGGCUAUGACUCCCAGCACUUUGCCCCCCUCAUCACUGUCAAAGACAGCGGUCCAGAGUUCCGAGCAGUACCCCUGAUAAACCCUAGCAGGGCAGGCUUUGAGGAGCUGCGCAUACACUUCCUGACUGAGAAGGAGCAGCAGCAGAAGGAGAGGCUGCUAAACGACUACCUGAUGCUCAUGGAGAUCCCCGUCAUCGGCCUGGGCUAUGAUCCCACACAGAUCAUCAGGGCAGCCCGACUCGACGAAGGAAACCUGCCUGAGGACAUGAAUCUAAUGGAGGACUACCUGCAGCUGGUCAACCACGAGUACAAGCGCUGGCAGGAGGACAAAGAGUCUCUCUGGGCUCCACAGUCACAGCGGCCACCCCCAUUCUCCGUCUCCCAGCUCUCCCUCAUAGAGAUCCGCUGUGCCACGCCUCGCUGCACCUUCUAUGUCUCGGUGGACACGCAGCCGCACUGCCAUGAGUGCUUCGAGAAGCGGCAGGCCGGCAGAAAGCUGGAGGCCGUGGCCAACCAUGCCAAUUCAUCCUCAGAGCCCGAAGGCCGCGGGAGGUCAGGCACUUCGGACCGGUCUGUGAUACCCAGUCCUCGCUCGGCCCCGCCCCCGACAGCCCCCAGCCUGAGCCUCUACAGCGAGACCCAUGCCAUGAAGUGCAAGAUGCCCGGCUGCCUGUUCACGCUCAGCGUGGAGCACGACGGCCUGUGCGAACGCUGCUUCGCUGCCCGCCAGAGCCGGCUGGCCGGCAACGGGCCGCCUCAAGGACCUUCCCACCAUGGCUGGGGCCACACCCAGUGGGGGGCAAUGGGUGGCCGAGAGCGAGAAAAGGAGAGAGAACGAGAGAGGGAGAGGAAUACUGAGCGCUGCAGUGCGUGCCGACAGGAGACCUUUCGGACUUUCAACGGCCUCUGCACACCCUGCAUGCAGAGGGCCGCUGUCUCGGAGCGGAGUGACCCUCAGCAGCCAGAGCCAAGGAUCGAGGGCUCGGUGUGGACGCCAGUGAGGGAGCCGGAGCGCUCCGGCACCACAGGCCACACCUGGCAGACACAGGCGGCGCGGCCAUGCAAGCGUUCAGGCUGCCAGUUCUUCGGGACGCCGGAGAAGCUGGGAUUCUGCACCAUAUGUUACGUGGACUAUCAGACCAAUCACCAGGCAGCUCCCGCGGUGGUGCAGCCCAGACACACAUCGGAAGCAGGCUUCCAGAACCUCUGGUGCCGGGGCCAGGGCUGUGGCGCAGUGGGAAAGGCCAUGCUGGAGGGCUACUGCAACAAGUGCUAUGUGAAGGAGCAAAGUACCAGAUUCACCCAAGCUGCUAGCAGAGGCUCUAGUUCCCCUCCUCUAGUAAUGCGGGCCUCCAAACCACGCCCUCCACCGACGCUCAGCCAAGCCCAGUGCCGGCGCAGCGGCUGUAAGAACCUGUCGCCCGGCUGCACCGACCUGUGCCCGGACUGCCUGAGCCGCGGGCAGCGCGAGGGCCGGCGUGCUCAGGCGCCCAAAGAGAAGAGCAAGCAGCGCUGCAGGACGCAGGGCUGCGACCACUACGCCAACCAGGAGAAGCAAGGCUACUGCAACGAGUGCGACCACUUCAAGCAGAUCUACCGAGGCUGACUGAUUUUUUUUUUUUUUUCUGUCCAAAUACAAGAGGACUAGAACCUCGCACGUCGAGGUGCGCAAAUACGUCAUAAAAGAAAUCCUGUGGCUGACCCGCCCACGCGUUCUCGGACGGGGCUGACGAGCCAGCCGGUGCUGUAGAACUGGCGAUUACCUCUCAAGCAAAGUUUUGAUCAUUUUGUAUCAUGUGUAUAGGACCGAGGUCGGGGCUUGUUGACGUGACGAAACUGAUGAUACACUGGCAUCCAGUCGCAUACAUCUGUGGUAUCUGUGAUUUAUAUCGAACAGGGUAAUAGAUUGUAAAAGAUUUAUACAUUGCCAACAAAUUUGUGGGAAAGCGACUUCAAAGGAUUCUUGAUUUCUUUUUUUUUUUUUCCUGAUUGUGAGUUGACAACGCAGCAAAAUUUGACCAAAGUUACUUAAAGAAUGAUAAUGACCAAGCCAAUGUACAUCGCCACUGUGGACUGCAAGAUAGCCAGUGGGGCCUGUAGAAAAUACAGGAUGAAAGAGCUACAGGGUUUCCGAGGCCUCAGAAAGAUAAGCAUUUGGUAGUUUAUUUCAUACUCUGUAGGUUAAGUGCCAAUGAGAGUUUGCAAAGAAGUGCUCCAGUUUUAUUUCCUGCUGCAUCAUUUGAUGUCUGCCGGCAGUACGGACCUGUUGCCUUUUGAGAUUGAUUUGUUUUUUUGUUUUUUUUUCUGGUCAUCGUUGAUCACUUUUUCGUGUCCUGCUCACUCUUGAAAUGAUUAUUCACCUGAUUUUGCCUUGCUAGACUUCGUUCAGUAUCUUUUUUACUGGCUAUGACGCUGGACCUUGUUGGAUACGUUCUAACAUUGUUGCGUAGCUUAAAAAAACGAAAGAAAAUUCCGAAGUGCAAUAAAACAGGUUUUCCACCACACCUCCUUAAAACGGCGGCAUGUGAUCGCUCACAUACGAAGUCGAAAUGAAGCUGAAGGGAAAUGCCACACCAAAAAAACAAAACAAAACAUGAGAGAUAUCGAUAAAGAGGAACCAUACGUGAAGUGAAAUCCCUGUCAGGAUUGACGUCGUGUUUGAAGAAGAA